AUGGUUGGGUCUAGCAAUGGUUUGGUUUGUUAUGCCAAAUAUAAUGUAGAUGCUAUAGGUGCAGUUCCGUUUCUAGUUUGCAACCCGUUAACCGGAGAAUCUGUGUUUCUUCCGGAAUAUAAUUACUCUGAAUUGCCACAGGAUACCUCAAGCAGCAAAAAGAGGUUUGCAUAUGGUCGUUUAGCAAGUGGGUUUGGCUAUUGUCCUUCAACUAAGAAAUACAAGGUCGUUACAAUAUAUUAUCAUGAUGGAGCACUUUACUGGUUGCACCAAAAUAGUCAUAAGGUACAGAAAUGUGAGAUUGUGGCCUUUGACUUGGAAGGUGAGAAGUUCCGCCGCAUCUCGUUGCCACGAUCUGAAGAUUUUUAUUACGAAUAUUAUGGCACCGGUUCUCCACUCCAGUUGCUUGGAGGGAAUAAUAAUUUGUAUUUGGUUCAUAAAUUCUAUACAGCUUCUCGCAGUGACAUAUGGGUAUACAUCAAGAAAGAUGAGAAAUUCCAAAACAAAACAUUCGCAAUCACAAGGAACAAUGAAGUUUUAUUGUGGUACAAACACGGCAUAGAUUUAGGCUGGAGUCUCUAUUGCUAUGAUCCUAAAACUUCAACCUUAAACAAACUUUGGGAUGAUACGGCCAAGGGUAUGAAAUGUGAUCACAUUGAGGCAAUUCCUCACAGGCAGAGCAUUGUUUCUUUGAAAGAUUUGGGAGAAACUAAUGUUACUUUUUUUAAAGAUUUGGAGGAACUGAUGUUACAAGAUACUUCAGAACAUUCUGGCAAGAUGAUGUAA